CGGCAACCGCCAGGCCGCGGGAAGAUGUCGGCCGCGGGUCGGCGCGGCGGGGCGGGCUUCGUGUUCCGGGCCCUGUCACAGAAAUCCUUCUCUUGCCUGCAGGACAGGGACAUCGAGGAUCGCCUCCUCAAAUGGUCCAUGCAAGGCAGGAUCACAGCACAAGCAUUCGGUUUUGACCAGCAGUUUAAGCCCUAUCAAAAGGAUGAAUUUGUUAUGGCAUUUUUUAAUGAUCAAAACGUGAACUCCAAUUUAAAGUUGCUGUCAGCUUCAGGACAGUGGACUACAUUGGGUUCUAAAGUGACAAAAAUUGAAGCUACAGUGGUACCUUGUACACAGAUUUCCAUGUCAUUUUUUGAUCGGCUGUACUGUGAAGGAGUUGUUAGAGAAACUGGAGAUAUUGUGAAAUGUUACGAUGACUAUUAUGAUGAUAUUCUUAUCUCUGAUGAAUUAAGGAAGGUCUUGCUUCUGGAGGAUUCUGACCAUUAUGACUUAUUCAGUCAAUUGGAUCGCGAGGAAUUUCUGUUCUGUCUUUUUAAGCAUUUUUGCAUCGGAGGAACUCUUUGCCAGUUUGAAGAUGUAGUUGACCCAUACUUAGAAACUACGAAAGCUUUUUAUAAAGACUUGGUGAGUGUUCAAAAGAAUCCUGAAACAAAAGAAAUACGUAUUAUUUCUACAGUCUUCAGAGUGUCUGCAUAUAUGAGAGUCCAGUGUUUGUUACAUAUGUAUCCCUAAAAAACACCUGAAGAGAGCUAGGCAUCUUACAAUUGGAGCUACAGAGCUUGUAUGCUGCGUUGGCUUAAAAAUAGAAUACUAUUUUUAGCUUGUGGCAUUUGACUACCAUUGGAAAAUGCUGUGAAUAAACGUUAUCAAAUCUCUACCUGUCUUAAACAGUGCUUUUAUGGUGGUGCUUAGCUUAACUUAAGGUUCAGGAGUUUGAAUAGUCCCCCAAAGGAAGACACCAGAACAUCUAGUAGGAGGUUCAUCCUCUUUGAAAUAGCAGGAGAAAAUGAGGUGCCAGUAACAGCUAAUGGAUAAAAUUCACAAAUGGUCCUUGGAGCAGAAACAGGGACCCAAAACUUUUCCUUCUAACUUGACUGCCUUAACCACUGAGAUGGAUUAUUUUAUGCAAAGGAAGACAACUUCAACAAAAGAAUGUGAGACAUGUGACCCUAAUCUGGAAUACUCUGGGAGUUUAAAAUUUUCCUGGACAAAAUGGGCAAUAUAUGCAAUAUAGCAAUUUCCCUCAGGCAAAAAAGUGGAACAGAACUUACAUCUCUUCAGCUCUUUCAUAAAGAUGUUGGGGAGCAGGAGGGAACUGUUACAUGUUUUAAAAGAAAAGAGGUGUCCCUACAUAUUUAUUGGUCUUUCAGAUGUUCAAUUACCACGUUGACUGAAUAAAAAAAAUCAACUCUUCAAAAAUCCUCCCCAUCUAGCUUCUGGAUCCCUGCUGGGUUUGAAGUAUGUGUCAAACUGUGCUGCUCUGUCAACACUGAAGCUUUUAUUGACAUGUGCAGACGUAGGAUGUUAAACUGAAGAGCCCAGUUCCUGUGCUGAUUGUCAGCUGAAAGUGUUUUUUCAGAAUGAGUAUUUUGAAGCUAGGUGCCUAGACUCCCUUCAAACCCUUUCUGAGGACUGGCACACAAAAUGUUUUCAAUAACAGUCCUAAAUUGUUAAAAAGAGCUGUAAUGCGGGUUUUGCUUAAAUGCAAAUAUUUGAACCUGAACAGAUGCAUUAGCAAAUGUUAAAUGAAAAAAAAAUUAUAACAAUGGAACAGUUUUAUGUGUUAAUAUAGAGUCUAUGAUUUUUUUCUCUUUCACAGGAAACGUGAUGGGGCUGUUGUAAAUUUAAUCAUUUGUAAUUUGUAUAAUUGUGUAAACACAUGCUUACAUGUUUAUUUUUACAUUUUAUAUUAAUAUCACAUUUACCUCAAGGUUAUUUGAAACAUUCAGCUAGAACUACUGUGCAUUUUGUAGUGUUGGGAUUCUCAUGGAGACAUAAUGCUGUU